AUGCGCGCACCUGCCUGCUGUGUCCGCACUCCCUUUUGUCGUAGAGACAGGCGAGGUCGGUUGGACGUCAAUCUUUGGGUCCCUUUUGCCUGUUGCUACGGCAAGUGGUCAAGACACGCCUAUAUAUGCGGCGACUGGGCGAGAAACGACUUACACCGAUCUCGUGUUCUUUCGCCUGGGCCCUGUUACUCGUGUACAGACGCAAAGGAUCGUUUUUCACACGUCACAGUUGCUGUCGCUCGGCUCUCCUACAGCUUGGCCCGGUACCCAGGGGAGAGCAUCCUGGUGGGCGUCGAGUCAGGUGUGUCAGUUUUGCACGAGCCCCUCUUGUCUGGAAGACUUUAUUGUGCCGUCUGGGUGAGUUGCGCCUCUUUCAGACAGUUGAACUUAAUCCAUGCUACACCGGAAAUUAUUUUGUCUGCACGGCAUGAGAGAAAAAGGGACAUGUCACUCAUUGAGCUCAGGCUCACGGAUCCCCUGGAAUCAUUUGCCGCAAGUUGUCUCUACCAUCUAAUAAGCGCAAUGGUGAAUCUCUUCAAGACCCCCCCUGACAAAAGAAGGGCCUCGUCAACUGGUGAUCUCACUAGCCUUCAAUGGUGUGAUCUGCUACCAAACGGCAAAUCUAGGUUGUCGGCAGAUGAAGCCAGGCCCGAAGGAGCCACAAGAUCCGGAAUCAAACGUUUCUUAUCCGACGACCCAGUUGCCCCGGCCAAGCUGGAAGAAGGAUUUAGACGGUUGUCAAGGUCUAUGGUCGUCUAUUCAGCAGCUCCCUCAGAUGAUGUUGAUGUGAGUUUAUAUUCUAAAUUUGAGUUCCUCCAUUUUUGCCAUUCUGCUAAGCAAAAAUCAGCUCCUAUUCUAGUCAUCUUCCCCAGUUUCUUUGCAGCAACGGCCAUAAAGGAGGUAAUUUCGUUGUUACAUCAACAGGUUUCAUUUACUUCUUGGUCAAUUUCUGCGGUAGCUCUCAACAAUAUCAUUAAUGCAUGA